UAAAAAAGCAGACGACAACAAUUGUGACGGCUUCCUCUGUUCUCGCCGCCAUCAACUCAAAGUCUCAAACACCUUUGUUCUUCUUCCAAUGCUUGACGAUUUUCUUUCUUUCAUUCAUAACUUCCUCUCUCUUCAAUCUGCAUACAAAUUAUACUCAUGCUCUCAGGUUCUCAUUCGACUCCUAGGUAAUUUUCCCUUGUUAGAGGAUGACUUGUUUGCAUCAGACACGUUUGGCGCAUAGUAGCUCCUAAAGACAAACUUCUCAUGCUUAUGGUAUCAGACAGCACAUACAAGAUGAAGAGUUUUGGUCGUUGUGCAAAUCCUAAACAAUCAAAUGAAAAGAACAGGCUUAUAGUCACAAUCAUUUCUGGAGCCAUUUUCGGGUUCUUGAUUGGAGUGUCAUUUCCUUCACCCUCAUCUGUAAAGAUUUGGGUUUCAUCAAACCCAAGAGGAGCAGAAAGAUUACCUCCAAAUAUCGUUGUGUCUGAGUCAGACUUCCUUCUCCGCAGGUUAUGGGGUAAACCCAGUGAGGACCUAACCAGUAUACCGAAGUAUUUGGUAACAUUCACUGUUGGCUAUAACCAGCGAAAAAUUAUUGAUGCUGCUGUGAAAAAAUUUUCAGGCAAUUUUACCAUUCUUUUAUUUCACUAUGAUGGCCGAACAACCGAAUGGAAUGAGUUUGAGUGGUCUAAGAGGGCUAUUCAUGUAAGCGCUCACAAACAGACAAAAUGGUGGUACGCUAAGAGGUUUCUCCAUCCUGACAUUGUUGCCUCAUAUGAAUAUAUAUUUAUCUGGGACGAAGACUUAGGAGUUGAGAAUUUUAAUGCUGAGGAAUAUAUUAAACUUGUUAGAAAACAUGGACUUGAAAUUUCACAGCCGGCAUUAGAAUCUAAGAAAGGUUCUGGAAUAACUUGGCAGAUGACAAGGAGAAAACGUGACGGUGAAGUCCACAAAGAAGCAGAAGAGAAACCAGGCCGGUGUUCUAACCCUCAUCUGCCUCCAUGUGCAGCAUUUGUAGAGAUAAUGGCGCCUGUCUUCUCUCGCAAAUCGUGGCGUUGUGUGUGGCAUAUGAUUCAGAAUGAUUUGGUUCAUGGCUGGGGUCUCGAUUUUGCCCUUCAAAAAUGUGUCAUGCCUUCUCAUGAGAAGAUUGGCGUUGUUGACGCUCAACCUGUGGUUCAUGGAAGGGUUCCUUCGCUUGGCAAUGAGGGAAUACAAGAGAAUGGGAAGCCUAAGUGGAAAGGGGGGUAAGACUUGUACAUCCAAACCCAAGAGGAGCAGAAAGAUUACCUCCAAAUAUCGUUGUGUCUGAGUCAGACUUCCUUCUCCGCAGGUUAUGGGGUAAACCCAGUGAGGACCUAACCAGUAUACCGAAGUAUUUGGUAACAUUCACUGUUGGCUAUAACCAGCGAAAAAUUAUUGAUGCUGCUGUGAAAAAAGUGCACGAGAGAUGCAAUAGAGAGUGGGCAAUGUUUUGGACUAGGCUAAAAUAUGCAGAGAUGGAACACUACAGCUCCAUUGGAGUUCAGCUUUCCAAUCUCACUAAUCAUUAGUAGCCAGGGCUGAACAUAUAGCAAUGUACAAAGUUAUUGUAACAGUCCUGGUCCUCUUGCUGUUUCUUUCUUCUGUUAUACACUUAUAUAUACAAUAUACUAGCAUUGCCACAUACUUUCUUAAAUAAAAACUUUUCUAUUAGCCCUACAGUUU